AUGCUCUUCGGUGACGGCGUCGGGCGGGAGCCUUCCCGCGCCGUGGCGGUGAGCGGCAGCGGAGGUGGCGGCAAGCGGAAAGGCAGGAGCAAGAAGUGGAGGGAGAUCCUCCGGUUCCCGCACAUCAGCCAGUGCGAUGAGCUGCGGAAGGGCCUGGGUGAGCUGGGGAGGGCGCCGGGACCCGGCAGAACCGGCUCACGGGUCCCGGCACGGCGCCGGGUCGCGGCCGCGCUGGGGGCACGGCAGACGCGGGGCUGCGGCAUGUGCUCGGCGGACUACGAGCUCUCCCCGGAUGAGAAGCGGAAGGAGAUGGGGGAGGAGAUCAUUGGCCGGUUCCUCAAGCAGGAGGUGUGCGCCUGCCAGGUGCGGGCCACAGGGAAGAUGUACGCCUGCAAGAAGCUGGAGAAGAAGCGGAUCAAGAAGCGGAAAGGGGAGGCGAUGGCCCUGAACGAGAAGCAGAUCCUGGAGAAGGUCAACAGCCGGUUCGUGGUGAGCCUGGCGUAUGCCUACGAGACAAAGGACGCGCUCUGCCUGGUGCUGACCAUCAUGAACGGCGGCGACCUCAAGUUCCACAUCUACAACAUGGGCAACCCCGGCUUCGAGGACGAGCGUGUGGUUUUCUACGCGGCGGAGAUCUGCUGCGGGCUCCAGCACCUGCACCAGGAGGGCAUCGUCUACCGGGACCUGAAGCCGGAGAACAUCCUGCUGGAUGAUGAUGGCCACAUCAGGAUCUCUGACCUGGGGCUGGCUAUCAAGAUCCCCGAGGGCGAGACCAUCCGCGGCCGCGUGGGCACCGUCGGCUACAUGGCCCCGGAGGUGAUCAACAACGAGCGCUACACCUUCAGCCCCGACUGGUGGGGCCUGGGCUGCCUGGUGUACGAGAUGAUCGAGGGGCAGUCGCCCUUCCGCGCCCGCAAGGAGCGGGUGAAGAGGGAGGAGGUGGAGAAGCGGGUGCAGGAGGACCAGGAGCUGUACUCGGACAAGUUCAGUGAGGAUGCUCGGGCCAUCUGCAAGAUGCUCCUGGCCAAGGACCCCAAGCAGCGGCUGGGCUGCGGGGCUGACGGGGCGGCCGAGGUGAAGCGCCAUCCCUUCUUCAGGACCAUCAACUUCAAGCGCCUGGAGGCCGGCAUCAUGACGCCCUCCUUCGUGCCGGACCCCCGGGCGGUUUACUGCAAGGAUGUGCUGGACAUCGAGCAGUUCUCGACGGUGAAAGGCGUCAACCUGGACCAAACCGACAACGAUUUCUAUGCCAAGUUCGCCACCGGCAGUGUCUCCAUCCCCUGGCAGAACGAGAUGAUCGAGACUGAGUGCUUCAAGGACCCGGCCGAGUACACCAUCGGCACCACCAUCCACCCCCCCGACCCGGCCGCCGUGAACUCGCACCCUCCCACGGCCAACUCCGCCUGCCGAGCCCCAGCCACGGCACCGGCACCAUCCUGA